CUUACAACGAACAGACUGGUAGCUGCAAUCAUGUCUGGUUCUGAUCAAUCUUCGAUGCCUUCACAGGAUCAACAGCAGCAGCAGUAUUACGGACAACAACAAGAUGGGAGUCAACCACAAAUGGGUUUCAUGCCUAAUUAUUCUUCUAAUCCGAUGUCGUUCGGAUCUAUACCUUCUACCUCUCAACAGCAACAACAGCCGCCAGCCUCGAAUACAUCCGAUAUUUCUGCAUUUUCUGCUAUUCAUACGCCAAUAGAUUUUGGUGAUAUGGGAGGAGGCAUGGCAAUCCAACAGAAUAUGAUGAACAAUUCAAAUUAUUUAGCGCCUCCAUCACAACAACAGCAACAACAAAGGCACAAUCCAGCUUUAGACUUUUCGGGCCAAUCGAGUGGAUUUCAAUCACCAAUGUAUAUGACAACGCCAGCUGUGACGGAUGGAUCGGCAGGUGUGAGCGGAACGAGCACACCUCUAGCAGGAGUAGGAGAGAAUGCCACAAAGCAGAAUACCUCAAAAGGAAGCGGAAAGCCAAGAGCACCCAAAAAGCCAAAGCUAAAAGCAACAGAAGGUAGCAACACACAAGAACAAGAUCAGCAACCCGGAAAUGCAAUCGAUGAAAGCAGUACGGAUUCCAAAGCACCAAAGAAACAAACAAAGAAACCAAAAGAUCCGAAUGAACAACCUAAACAGACCAAACCACGUAAACGUAAAUCGAUCGGACCUGAAGGUGCAGAAAAUGCAUCCAGUCCUGCCGUUGGCACACCACAAUCAGCUACUGGCGAGAACGAGUCAAUGAAUGGUACCGAUGGAAGACCUGCAAAUAGCAGUCGUGGCAGAGGAGGAACAGGCAGAGGUAGAGGCGGGCGUGGAAGAGGUGGCUUGAGUGCUGCACAUAGCCGAAGAACAAGUCAGGCAGAUGGUUUGUCAGGUAUUUCGGGCGAUAUAUCUAUGCAAGAUGAUGAGUUCUCAAGAGCUGGUUCUCUUGCACCUGGUACAGGCGAAUCCACACCCACAAAACGAGGUGCUAAAGCCGGCAGAGGGGUAGGUAGAGGAAGAGGAGGUGGCAGACGAAGAGGAACGGCCACCAGUCGUGGAAGCAGAGCUACGAGUGGAAGGGCAACAGCUUCCGUUGUUCCGGGUCAGGAGAAUGGUACGGUAGCACCGGAUGAUGGUAUCAUGGGUGAUCGUAUCGAAGGCGAUGAAGAUGGAGAGGAAGGAGCAGCAGAGAUUGACGAAGAGGAGGAUGAGGAUGACGAAGAAGGCUUCGACUUGGGAUUAGAAGAAGAUGAGAUGGAUUUACAAGAAGCCAUUCAAAAGAAGCGUGCGAUCAACAUGGGUCCUUUGAUGAAAGCAAUGACGGAAGAACAACAAGAUCGCUAUGCUGCUUUUAGAAGACAUUUCUUGGACAAGAGAUUUGUUAAGCGAUUACUACAACACCUCACCAGACAAACUGUCACACCGCAAAUCGUCACUCUUAUUGCCGGUGUGGGAAAAGUAUUCGUCGGUCAAAUUGUAGAAAAAGCAAGAGAAGUUCGACAAGAACGUUUAACCGCUUCCGCCAAUGGCACUUCCCAACCCAAUCAACGUCAAUCUUUACGACCCGAUCAUCUCACCGAAGCUUUGAGAAGGUAUCGUGAAGAACGUGAAGUACCCGGUCGCUUUGCGCCUGGAACACCCAAUCCUGGAGCUGGAGUUAGUGCAAAUGGAAAACGUCGUAGAAUGUUUUGACUGUGCAAUUGUAUUUAUAUCAUUAAAGGCUGAUUACCUCGGAGAGCAUCUGUACAAAUUAUACAAUUCUUACAAUAUCAAUCUAUACAAAGACA